GAAUGCAACCUGGGACAUACCAACGAUACAAUAAAAUGCUUGAUGCCCCCUACCUGACACUAGGCUCGGUGGUCGAGAGUGACUCCAUACGAACACUGGCUAGUCUGGUGGGCCCUGAGGCUUCGUAUACACUACAAGUGUUUUGUUAUGCUCAGCUGACCCAUUUUCUAAUGGCCAACGCAUCCUUACUCAGGGGCCCCCGCACCCUAUCCGAUUUUGAGACACAUUGCCUGACCCACAACAUCAAAACUAAACAGUUAUCGACCUUCUACAAAAUCCUGCAGGACGAAAACG